ACUUUCUGACCACCUUACCAGUGGGGAGAAUCCGAGACUACGAUUCCCAUGAUCCCUCAGGGCACCACGUGGUGCCUGCCCGUCCUACCAACGCGCAGCGAGGACUCCAUUUCCCAGCGUGCCUCAGGAAGGGGGCCAGGACUGCAUUUUGCUUCGGAGCGUCCAGAGUCCUGGCCCUGAGCGGGAAUCGCGGUGGCCGAGGCUGAGCGGCAGGCGGAUCGCCCCGACCCUCACUCCUGGCGUCUGCGUCUCUCGCGUAGCCGAUGCUGAGUGGGCGGCUGGUCCUGGGUCUAGUCUCCAUGGCUGGCCGCGUUUGUUUGUGCCAGGGCAGCGCGGGAUCCGGGGCCAUCGGUCCGGUGGAGGCCGCCAUUCGCACGAAGUUGGAGCAGGCCCUGAGCCCCGAGGUGCUAGAGCUUCGCAACGAGAGCGGUGGCCACGCGGUCCCGCCUGGCAGUGAGACUCACUUCCGCGUGGCUGUGGUGAGCUCUCGUUUCGAGGGACUGAGCCCCCUACAACGACACCGGCUGGUCCACGCAGCGCUGGCCGAGGAGCUGGCAGGUCCGGUCCAUGCGCUGGCCAUCCAGGCACGGACCCCCGCCCAGUGGAGAGAGAACUGUCAGCUGGACACUAGCCCCCCAUGCCUGGGUGGGAACAAGAAAACUCUAGGAACCCCCUGAACCCCAAGAGAGGGAGGACCAGGAUCCGAAUGGGCUAGGUGAGCACGAAUUACUGAGGCCUUCCCUUUGAUACAGUCCAGGAUUUGUAAGGGAUGAAGACCCGUGGGCCCCAUUCUGUUGGGGUCCAUACAUACUCUCCGAAGAUAGCAACUUGCUUCAGGUCAAAGUGAACCCGAGAAAAGAGAAGAAUCACUCACUACUGCUCUUGCCCUGGACUAUUCAGGAAGGGCAGCCCGGAUGUUCCAUGUUACAGAACUGCACCAGACCUGAUAAGUUGGAAACAAUCCUAUACAUUAAAAGAAAUUACACUAUGA